AUGGAUGGUCCCAAUCGAGGGUUCCGAGGCGGUCGCGGCGGACCUGGGCCUCGCGGUCGUGGUGGUUUCGAUAUGCGUGGAAGGGUUGGAUUAGGUUUACGUGGUCGCGGUGGUCCUUUCCGAGGUAUGCCGCCUCCACGUGGUGGACCCCGUGGAUUUCGAGGAGGGCCAAUGCGCGGCGGUGAUGAACGCGGCGGUCGCUUUCCUCCAGGCCCUCAAGGCCCCGGUCCUCACCCAGUACCUACAAUUGAAUCACGUGGACCACCUCAAAGGGGUGGUUUUAACAACAACAGAGGAGGUCCGGGUGGUAUGAGAGGUCGUGGUGGUAGGGGUCGUGGAGACUUUGGACCUCGCAAUGAUAGAGGUGGUGGAAGAGGGGGCAUGCUAAUGAGAGGCCGAGGACCCAGAGGUGGGCAUGGGCCGCCAGGAGGUCCAUCUCAUAUGCCACCUGCACCUGUUGGGCCACCGAAUGUUCCACCUCGUCAGGCUCCAGUACCUCAUCAGCCAGCCGGCCCGGGACCUCAAGGACCUCCAUUCAAGAGAGGAGGUGGUCCUCUACAUGGACCCGUAGGUGGUGGACCCCCUAAACGUGCUAGAUUUGACGGGCCAAGAGGUGGUGGUGGAGGUGGAAGGCCUCCUCCAAACAAUGGGUAUCAACCACCCGCCCCACAACAUAAUGCACCACCAUCUAAUGGAUAUGGACCUCCUUCGCACACAGGCUAUCAGCCAUAUGAACCACCAGCAGCUGAACCAUAUGCUCCACCUUCAUAUAAUACUUCAAGUUCAUAUCAAAGCAACAACUAUUCAUCACAACCUCCAGCUCAGUCUAACUCGGGCUAUAACUCUGGUGGAUAUGGCGGUUCCUCAAGUUACGGUUAUUCCACUGGCGGGCAAGGUUAUGAGAAUGAGGGUUACAGCAAUAACCAAAGCGGCGCGGGAGACGCUGGCUAUGGUCCAGCCGAGCCCAAUUAUGGUGGUCCCACACCAAAUUACGACUCAUACUCACAGCCUUCAUACAACACGUACCAGCAACCACAGUACAACAACAACUAUGGUAAGUACAAGAAAUACUAA